UCCUCCCUUACCUAGGAAACUUGCUCUUGUGUGUUCAAAUUUCAAAAAUUUCUCAGUGAUAAAUAAAGAAGAUGAUAUCAUUAACUAGGCACAUGAAAGUGAAAGAUAAACCGUGUGGGCCACCUGGGAAAAGCUUUUCCACCACACUACGAUUUUCCAGGAAGCUCUCCUUUUCUCUUUAUUCCAUUAUUGCCUUUACUAAAACCUCUUCUCCACUAAUCCCAUAACACUAUAGCAUCUUCUUCUCAUUGUUUUCAGUUUGGGGGCGGGAUGGAAAUCAGAUAAUUAAAGAAAGAAAGCAGAGGAUCCGUCUUGGAAAGCUCCUUUCUUUUUCUAUGUAAAUUCCUCAGUUUUCUCAGUAACCAAACAGAGGUAUUUAUGUCUCAAAGAAAAGCAUUUGCUUAUUAGCUGUGGAAAUUGAGAGAGCAACAACUGGUUUCCUGGUUUGCAAAUACUCAUCGUGGAGAUCAAUCUUCUUCUGAGCCAUCUUUAACACCUAGGAGUAAUCUUUACAGGCCCUCCUUGAGUUUCAGGGAUGAGGUCGUACAACUAUAAUGUCUAUGACGAGCCCAUAAAGGCUACUUCAGAAUCAGCAGAGUGGAUAUUUUUAGCCACUAACCUUGGCCUAGAGAUGUUGUCAGCUGCUUGUGAUCAGGUUUCCUCCCCCCCACUACGCACUAUUUGGUAUGCCGUUGGCUAUUGCAGCUAUGCUCAUUUCCAUCUGGGAGCUAACAGCAUACCAAAUAGUGCAUAGUGGAUGGUAAAAAGGAAAGAGUUGUGUUGAGGAGAUGGGGAAUGCUCUGGCGGUUUUAUCAUCCACCACCUCGUAGUAAUAAGCUUUUUGGUACUCUUCCUGACAUUUAUGGACUAGUUUCUGGCAUCUCACAGUGCAUUUGAUAUAUAGUUCAGUAUGUUUACUUCCUUCGGCAUGCUGAUAAUCCUUUCAAAGCAUCCCUUUUGCCUGCCAUAUUUCUUCUCUGUUUAGGUGGUUCAAAACUGAGUAAUAACCGAAGGAACGCCAAUACCACUGACAACAACAUCUUGAGAAAGCCUUUGGAUAGUAAUUCCUCUACCUCUACCUCUACAACUACUAGCACUUCAAGUUCAAGCCCGCUAUUUCAGGCUCAAGGGGGUCUUCUUCUAUCCAGGUGGAGAGCCCCUCGGAUGCGCUGGACUACCACUCUGUUAAGCUUUUGGGUGGCCAUGAAAGGGCUACACCAGAGUCGGUUCUUGAGCUUAUGGAUGUCAAAAAUUUCACCUUGGCACAUGUCAGAUCUCAUUUACAGAUUUAUCGUACGGUUUUCACCGCCAAUAGAGCAGGGGCCUUUUCAGGACAAUCUGAUGUCCAUGAAAAUGCUUCAUCUGGGGAUGCCACUGAAGACAUAAUAUUUUAUCUUCAGAACCCACGGUCUGGUGAUCAGCUCUCAUCAGCGCAGACUAUUCAUGUUCAAGAUAACAAGGACUCCUUGGGAAACUUCUUCAAGAUCCGUAGGUUCCCUUUAGCAAGGACAUCCACAAAUCAUGGUUAUUGCCUAGCAGCAACUCACAGUUAUCCGAGCUAAAUGAGACAUUGUGAAAGAACCUAUUCAAAUUGGAAUGAUCGUGCAAUUGAAUCAUUCUCUUAUGUCAAUACUCCUUAUUCACAUUACUAGAUCAUAGAAUCCGAUUGUCAAUAUCCUAAUGUGAAUCAUUCCUUUUAUGUCUCCAUGUAUGCAAUCUCAUUACAUAGCUCUCAUAUCCACUCGUGUAUUCCUUGGACCAUGGUU